AUGUCAAGAGCACAAAAGGUGCCAGCCAUGUAUGUGUUUGGUGAUUCUUUAGUAGAUGUUGGGAAUAAUAAUUAUUUGGAGACAUUUUUCAGAGCAAAUUUUCUUUUUAAUGGAAUUGAUUUCCCUGGUGGCAAACCAACAGGAAGAUUUAACAAUGGGAAGAAUGCUGCUGACUUUAUUGCUGAAAAUGUUGGUUUACCUACACCACCACCAUAUCUUUCCGACAAGAAUGACGUCUUUCUACAGGGCGUAAGCUUUGCCUCGGGAGGAGCUGGAAUUUUAAAUAGCACCAAUGAUCAUCCUUUUAAUGGCACAAUUUACCUCUCAAAACAAGUUGGGUAUUUCUAUGAAGUGCAACAAAGGUUGAUUAAAAAGAUGGGGGAAAGUGCAGCAAAAGAGCACUUGACAAAUUCUCUAUUUGCUAUUGUUAUUGGAAGCAAUGAUUUAUUCAACUAUUUCAGCUCAAAAUCCAAAAUCCAUCUCACAAAAUCACCACAAGAGUACAUUGAUUUAAUGCUAUCCACCUUAUCGAACCAACUAAUGCAAAUACAAGGUUUGGGUGGACGUAAAUAUUUGAUUGUUGGGAUAGGACCAUUAGGGUGCACUCCAUCGCAAAGGCUUCGAAAUUCUUCGGAGGAUUGUUACGAUGAGGCUAACCAUUUGGCCACCAUUUAUAAUAAAGCUCUACAAUCAAUGUUGCUAAAAUUGAAGUCAAAUCUCAAGGAACAUUUCAACUAUUCCUACUUCAACAUCUAUGAUUUCUUGAUUGAUCUCAUCCAAAAUCCAACAACAUAUGGUUUUCUUGAGAUUAAAUCUGCUUGUUGUGGGAUAGGGAGAUUAUAUGCUGAAGGUCCUUGUAUUCCUAUUUCAACAUAUUGUCCCAACAGGAGUGAUCACAUUUUCUGGGAUGAAGUUCAUCCUACAGAGGCAACAACAAAAAUACUUGUUAAUACUCUUUUCAAUAAUACAAAACAACAUGUAACCUCAAUGAAUUUAGUCAAUUUACUUGCUUUGUAG